AUGGUGACGUGGAAGACGGAGUUUGAGGAGCGGGUGGAGGAGGAUAACAGGCUGGCGCUUCUGAUGAAUGCGAUGGCGAGGGAGAUUGCGCAGCGGCAGCGUGAUGGGGAGCCGGAGCUGGAGCCGGGGAUUGGAGGUGAGGAGGAUGAGGGGGAUGAUGGGGAUGAUGGGGAUGAUGAGGGUUGGUGGGAGGAUCCAUUUUAG